AUGGCAUCAUGUCAUAUAGCAAGAGCAAAUUUUCCUGAAAUGAAAGCUAAAUGGGAUAGUGCUUGGGAAGUAAAAUUAAAAUAUCUGGAUGAACUUCAUCUAUUAUAUAGUAAUUAUCCACUCUGUCCAGAGUGUAGAAUAAUAAAGCAUACAGAGCUUAGCCUACACCAAAAUAAAGAUCUAAUUAAUAAACUGAGUGAUG